AUGACCGAGGCUCAUAGAGAGGAAAUUCUGUUGAAUAUGGAGGCUCUUGCAAAACAAGGUCUUCGUGUUUUGGCUCUUGCAAGCAAGGAAUAUAUUGUUCCCGCGGACAAGGAUGCGCCACUUGACCGCAAGAUCAUCGAGGAGAACUUAGCAUUCUGUGGUCUUGUUGGCUUGUAUGAUCCUCCAAGACCAGAGUCAGCCGGCGCUGUCGCGGAAUGCCACCGGGCUGGUAUCGCAGUUCAUAUGUUAACUGGUGAUCAUCCUGGCACCGCAAGGGCAUUGCUCUUCAAGUUGGCAUUCUCCUGA